CACGUGAUCGGUUGUCGUUUUGACACAUGUUCGCUACCGUGAGGCGGACGUGUGGUACAUGUUUACGUGAUUUUGUAAGUACAUGAUAUUUUAGAAUUGUUGGUGAAGAUAUGGCUAUGGAAGCUUUCGAUAUGGAUCUCUUGCACCCAGAAAUAGGCGAUAUCACUGGCCUGGAUGAUCUGCUGAGUUUUAAAUCUCCGGUGGAAGAUUCCAACGCAGAGAUGGAGUGGCUGGAUGGGUUUCUAGAUGACAGUACACCCGUUCUCAAUGACAGAAUGAUGACAGACGCAGUUCCUUCUCCACACAUCAAGUCGGAGCACAGCUACUCGAUGGCAGAAGGCAGAUGUAGUAGUGCACACCUUCAGCACGACCGACUCAUUGAUCUUGAACUGCACAGUGAUAAUCUGACUGCUGAGCUGGAUGUUGAUCUUCCGUCAUUCCCCCCACAUCUACAUGGCAAAAUAAGGCGACAGGUCAUCGCACAUGGCAACAGAGCCCCCGAAAUGGUCAUUAAACAGGAGCCAGAUUUUCUUUCAACAAGCACCCAACUAUUGUCCUCACCAGAGGAAGCCAGCAAAUGUCUGUUCUUCAUGGGAACUCUGCACAACGUCUGGUCCUACCAAAGCUCAACAUCAAAGUAGAAAAGGUGGAUACAGAGUACAACAGUGCACUACAGCCAGGCUUCGGUCUGCCACCAUCGCCUCCCAGCAGCUCGGAGGAUAGCGAAGGAGGUCAGAGCCCAAAUCCGUCAUCAAUGAGCGCACACGACACACGCGUGCAGCAGCUCACCAGUGCUGUUAUUACCAAUCUCAGUAAUCUUCCGGCAUCUGGCCCUCUCUACCUCUCUGCGGAGGAGAAGAGGACACUGGUGCAGGAAGGGUAUCCAGUGCCCACACGGCUACCUCUCAACAAGGGGGAGGAACGUUCUCUGAAAAAGAUCCGUAGGAAGAUUAAGAACAAGAUCUCAGCUCAGGAGAGCAGGCGGAAAAAGAAAGAGUAUGUCGACAAUCUGGAGUCCAAGUGCGAGACGUUCUCUUCAGAGAAUCUGGAACUGAGAAAGAAAGUUGAAUCCUUAGAACACAAUAACCAGUCAUUGUUAUCACAACUACAGAAGCUACAGGUAAUGGUUGGAAGGAUGACACAUUCCUCCAAGCAUGUCACAACACAAACAACAGGCACCUGCCUGAUGGUGCUGGUGCUCUGCUUUGCUGUUUUCUUUGGCUCCUAUUCGCCUAGUGGUGUUGGCUUCCAUCACAUCUCUGCACUGCAGUCUCGUUCUCAGGUGCCGAUGGGGGCAGACUUUAAUCCUGAUUCAGCUGACAGUGGAGGUGGAUAUGGGUUGAAUGUCUACUCUACUUCAAGCAAGAGGUCCAGAGUUUUGCUGUCAUUCCACGAAGAGAACACGGAAAUGGCUUGUUUAGCAGAUGCUUUCCCAAGUGGCCGCUCCAAGUCUGAUGAUGUUCUGCAGGCCCAAGAUACGACAGCAACUAACAAUGAAACGGGAUCAUCGAAAGGUCAAUCGGACGAAGGCAGCCCAAGUUCUGGUGCCCCUGUUAAAAAAUCAAGGGACCAGCUUAGUGGGUCCUUAGCUCUCAGUGCCGAAAUGCGUUCUAAGCUUAAUGAAGUGUCUGUCACUAUUGGAGCCAGUGAUCUCUCGACACAAGUGCCUACAAAAGUUAUUGCUGUGGAUAGGGUUAGAAAUACAACAGAAUAGCUGUUGUAUUAGCAAAAUAGAUGCGAAUAAUAAUGUAUAUUAAUAUUGUUCUCUAGACAAACGUGUGAGGCUACAGUCAAAUAGUUGUGUUAAUGCUAUAUGAAGGGACUGCGUUUAGCAGAAAUGACCAAUUAGUUUCGAAGGCAUCGAGCCUUGAAAUAAUUUUACUAUGGAAUGGAUGGCUUCAUUUCUUGAUACUGUGUAUAAAGUGGACAGCUGUAAAUAUGUGGCACAUUUGCUUUUUUGGUGGUAAGUGGUUAUAUAAAUAAAUAAAUAUAUAUAGAAAGAAAUACAUACAUACAUAGAUAGGUAUAUAGAUAGUGAAGGAGCAAUGCAGAUGGACGCAAUGUGCAGAUAUAUUAUCUAUUUUUUGUAACAAAAAUAUAUUCAUAUAUUCCUAUAUAUCGUACAUGUUUAUUGCUGAAUCAUGAUUAGUAUUUUAAGGUUCAUCGGUGGUGGUGCAUUGGAGAUCAAACUAUUCUGUAAAAUGGAAUUUAAUAUUUUUGAAGUUAUACUAGUCAUAUAAAGGCUGAAGCUUUUGCAUGCACAGAUGAAUCAUUGUUUUUAAGAAAUUAAUAUAUGGUGCUUUGGUGUAGAUCAGCAUGGCCUUUUGUUUCUCAUUAAUACAUGCAUGUGUUAGACACGUUUUAUUGGCCUUUAUCACUGAAGUAUGGGUUUGGUUUUUGUGCGUAAUCCGUGUAUGAUGAAUGAUAUUUAGACAUUUGUGAUGGUCAUACCCCAUACAUGUGAUAUCAGGUCGUGGGUCCUCGGGUCAAUAGAGUAACUGGAUAAUAGUGGAAAAUAAGAACAACUGGUGGAAUAACCAGGUUAUAUUUAAACAAUAACGGUGAGGGUCAACAACGAGUAGUCAUUUGUCGAUACCUUUGUUGUUCAUUUCUAGUGGCUAAGCGUGCCUACCAGUUAACAACUACUAGUAUCCGGUGUAUGCAACAGAAAUCUGUUGUGCCAACCAAAAUUAUUAGUAGUUUGGGUAGUGAUUAAGAUGUAAAUCGUGAAAAAAAACGUGUACUACGUAUGACUUCGUAACUAGUAAACUCGUUAUGAAACAGUUUCGAGUCGAAUGUCACUAUGAAUCAACAUCACGUAAUAUACAUGGGCGUACCUGUUAUUAUGUUUUUCUGUGUAUGCCAUUAAAAGUGCUUAUAUAUAAUAAUUUUAGAGAUUUCUGGUCAUAAUGAUGUGAAAUAUUUGAUUGACUUGAUUGUCUUUGCCAUUAAUCAGGAAAUGAUGAGGGAAAUUUUCCGGGUUUCUCGAACGUGUGAGCACAGUGCGUUAUAAUGAAUGAUACCAUGCAAUCAGAUUGCGAAAGACCUUGCACGAAAAUGCACGCGUUACUUAUCUGGAUUGUUAUUUACUGACAAUUGCAGAAUUUGCAGCAUAUUUGUAACACAAGGACAAGGUGUAAUGCUGCUUGUUCGUGUUGAUGAAAUAGAGGUCUCUGGUCAGAGAGUUGCUAAGAGAGAACUUGCUGAAUAUUCUCUCGUCUACGAAGAAAGUUUCUGUAUAGACAGACGUACGCACUCACUCGUCCAGCGGUAGAUUAUAUAUGACUUCAUGGUUAUAUAUUAUUAAAGCGGGCUUGACCUUCGUCCAAAUAUUGUGGUACGUCACCUGCGUUGUUGAAGUGUGUCACCAAAUAAAACCAAGAUCACGAAGACUUACGUCGUGUACUUUAUGUAGGCCUACUAUUGUCCUUACGAUAAAGUCUGAAUGAAGAUGCAUACUUGCAGAGUUCCUCCAUAGCAGUAAGACUGUAUUUGCGAUCGACGUUGAUUUUACAUCAAUUAUUAUUUAUUCGUGCUGUUGACUGUAGAACUGUUUAUGUUUUUGUGCUCAACGCCGUUGCGCACCUCUGCUUUGAAAUUAACAGUGCCUUGAUGCCACAACAUAACAAUACAUUACAUCAGGAGUAUAUUAAGACAAAUAUAUUUGUCUUUAUAUACUCCUGAUUACAUGUACAUGCGCUGUUCUCGUUUCACUGUUUCACCGCGUCGUAUUACAACAGCGCCCCAGUCAUUGGGCGCAGUCAUUGCUUUUCUAUCGGGUUUCUUCUCACGGAACCAUGCCGAGACGUUUUUGGUAACCCGGAUCGAGGAUGUAUCAGUUUUUUCCAAACUUGUGCUCCACGUGGCCUAGAACCACGUGGCCCCCCUGACGUUGGUGCAGGCGGUUUUUUCCCUGUCGCGGACCGAUGCUAUACAUCUGGGCUGUUUUAAAAUAAUAAGAUGUUAUUAAACCCAACUUCACACUUCUUGCCUUCGUAAAAAGAGGGGGCUGGUUACGUACUGGUGUCUAGACAGAGAGAAGAUCUAUGCUAAAUGGGUCAGCCCGGGAGCUACUCCGACAGCAUAGACGUGGUACCGCUUUCGUGUCUCAUGAGUUACGCAUAAUAUUAUGUCAAUACACGAACUCAAAUCAGAGUAGAACACUGAAGUGUAUUGUCAGGACUACAUAAUAAAUUCUUUACUGAAAUUAUGAUUCGAGAAAUACGGCAGUUUUCAAGUUUCGUAGGGUGAACUCUGGACGUUGAGUGACAACAGGACCAGUGUUUAGAAUGUGUUUUCGGUAUACAUCGAGUAACCCCACUCCAGUUUAUGUUCACUUAUGAAUGAAAUGAAACCUUUUUAAACGCACGUUGAUUAUUUUAUGGGAUUAUGUGAUAAUAAAUGCUCCAAUACAAUGACUUGAAUGUAAAUCAACGAAAUUUCUGCCAAUGUCAGGGACAUCAUCUAAGAAUAGCUGUUCCAACGGAAACGUCCAUAAACAUACACGGAAACGUCCGUUGCAUAUGGAUUGUGACCAGGCCGUGGCAAAACUAAAACUAAAAUGUAAUAAACAAUGGCAUCAGAGAAACUUGAAACGUGUCAACGAUAAAAUGACGUUAAUAAACACGAAUUGUAUUUACUA